UCACCGCGUUGUAGCAGUCCUUCACCCGCCAAGACCUCCGCGGGCCGGCUGGGACACUACCUCCGCGUAUCCUCGGACUGUUUUUGAAUGGAAGCGGACGGUUUUGUGGCCCGGCGAGCGCCCGUCGAAGCCUCGGGAGUCGACGGCCGAGAGAUCCGAUGGCUGGGCGGCAGGAUUCUGGACGCUACUGGAGGGUUUCGCGGAGCAUUGCCUUUUACGACACCCAGACUGGAACCGGACUUUGCUCCGGCGGUAGUCCAUCGAGCCAUGCCGAUGGAAAACUCGACAUCCUUGGAUACUGAAAUAGACUAUGAAGGCUUGCCCCAGGGAGCAGCCACUAGCACCCAUAUGCUGGCAGGAGCCGUGGCUGGAAUCAUGGAGCACUGCCUGAUGUACCCCAUCGACUGUGUCAAGACUCGAAUGCAGAGUCUCCACCCUGAGCCAGGAGCGCGGUAUCGUAACGUGAUGGAUGCACUGCGGCAGAUUAUUCAGACAGAGGGUGUGUGGCGGCCCAUCCGAGGCGUCAAUGUUUUGGCUGUGGGGGCGGGCCCUGCACACGCGCUCUACUUCGCCUGUUACGAGAAAAUCAAGUUCAGACUCAGCGACGCCAUCCACCCUGGAGCUAACAGCCACUUUGCUAACGGAGUGGCAGGAUGCAUGGCCACAGUGAUCCAUGAUGCCAUCAUGAAUCCUGCUGAAGUGGUAAAACAGCGCAUGCAGAUGUUUAACUCUCCGUACCGCGGGGUCCUUCACUGUAUCUCAUCUCUGCUGCGACGCGAAGGCCCGGCCGCCUUUUACCGAAGUUACACCACCCAACUCACCAUGAACAUCCCCUUCCAGGCCCUCCACUUCAUGACCUACGAAUCCCUCCAGGAAACCCUCAAUCCGCACAGACAAUACAACCCCACCUCCCACGUUGUGUCCGGUGCACUAGCUGGAGCAUUAGCCGCUGCAGCUACCACACCUUUAGACGUCUGCAAAACCCUUCUAAACACCCAGGAAGCCCAAGUGGUGAUGAUCCAAGCAGAGGGGGCGGGCACGGUUGGCGGGAGACACAUUUCGGGACUAGGGAAAGCGUUUCGGACUGUUUACAGAACCGGAGGAGCAGCGGCGUUCUUUAAAGGAGUCCAAGCGAGAGUGAUCUACCAGAUGCCCUCCACGGCAAUCAGCUGGUCCGUGUAUGAGUUUUUCAAAUAUAUCAUCACCAAAAGGCAACAUGAGAGGCUACUCAAGUGAAAAUAAACCAGGGAGUCACCAGGAAAGUAUUGAAAUAAUGCAAUGGCAAAAUGGAAGCUGUUGUUUUGGUUUUUUUGAAAUGAUAAGGGAAGUUUUGAUGUAGGUUCAACAUGAAACAUUAGUCAAAUUUAGAACAGGGAAAGAAACUAAAUAUUUAAUGAACAAGAGAUAACAGGCUUUAAAGCUUUCAUCCAUAAUUAGAUUGUCACAUAUUACCAGUGGCCAACCUACAUAGUUUAAGAGCUUUUAUGACAGGUUUUAGUACUCAAUUUAUGAUUUUAUAGAAGUAUGUUUGGGUACAUUUCAAAUAUUCUAAAAUGAGGCUGAUCGUGUUCUCCCUGUAUAAAAUGUGCUGAAACUGGCAUUAAAUAUAAAUGAAUAUUGAAUAUACAACCAUUUGCUUCAAAACAGCAAUGCUACUUUAAGCUUAAAGGUUUGUGAUCUUUAAAAGUAUAUAUUUGCAGAAAAAAUGCAAUUAAAAGAACCAAAAAGAAGGAAAAGGCUGUUUUACCUACAUCCAAACAUUAAUAUUAUUACCCUUGAAGAUCAUAGUCCAGCACUUUAUCAACUGAUUACAAACUGAUUACAUUAAUACUAUUUUCAAAGGGACAGCAAAAUUCUAAUGCCAUUUUAUUCAAUUCUUAUGAUGUUACAAAAUAUUCAGAUUUGGAAACAAGUUUGUCAGUACCCUUCACCACCAGAGGGAGCCCUACUCAAACAAAUGAAAGAUUGUCAGAGAGGAAGUUUUACAUAGGUCAUUUGACUAGUGUAGGGAAUGAUCUACUUGGUUAAUAAUAGAUACUAGAUAUUUAGCAUUAUGUUUUCAACGCACAUGUUUGCCAAUAGCUCAAGUGCCUCAGUAAUAUAGAAUCUACAUAUAUUAUUUCAGACCAAUAUUAGACUUGUAAAAAAAAAUAAAAAUAAACAAAAGUCCCAUUAAAAUUUAGGUUAUAUUUAUUUUUCUCAUUAGAUCCUAAAAGUGAAAUUUGCAUUCAUUUAUUUUAUUAAAGUUGCUAGCACUUAAAAUGGUGUAUUUUUGAAUGGUCAGUUAAAGAAGUGAUUCAGGUAAUGCCUUGACCAGCCGCCAUGCUUCCAACGCACAAAAUACUACAACAGCAACUACUACAGCGGUCAUUAAAUUAAUACAACUUAGUCCAGGGUGGAAAGAGCCAGAACAAGGAUCUGUAUUUAGUUAAAAGUAACCUACAGUAAGUUCAAAAUGAUAUGCCUCUAUAAAGUAAAUUACUACUGAAAGAGCAAAAAGUGCAUUUUCUACUACUACUUAACUACAACAACUUAUGAAUAAUUGAUAACUAACCACUAUCGAAUUUAACUUUAAACUGCUUUACUUUAGUUCUUGUGCUCUCUACUGCAACAAUUGUGAUUUUGUGUGCACAGAAAUUUGUACUAAAUAUUGGGGCAUUUAGUUUUUUACUGCAAGGAAUUUGUUAUUGAAUUUAGUUACUUUCCUCCUCUGGGCUAAGCAACACAUUUCAAAGACCUAUGGCCACCUAAUACAAAUAUAUUUAAGAGCAUUACUUUAGAAGCAAUGGAAUCGUAGUGUGGAGAAUUGUGUGAAAAUUGUGAAAAUGUUUUUCUGACUUGUAGAUGGUCCUUUGUUUCAUUGCUUUGAAGCCAAAGACUGGAACAGAGAGGAUGAUGUGUGGACUCUAAACAUGAACUGUGUGAAUUGUGUAAAUAUAAAGUUUAUGGCAGCUCCUCGCAGAAGCAGGGUCUUCUCUUGGUGCUGACUCCAAGCGCUGAGAGAAAUAAAUUAAACAAAAAUAAAAUAUAAAACCGUA